AUGUUUUCCCAUGCUCGUGUUAGUCGAAGGCUUUCUCGAAGAGGAAGCACACAAAGCAAUCACCAAUCAAUAGAUUUAAGAGACUCAAGGAAUUCUAGAGCGCCUUCCGUUUAUUCUCAGGCUGCAACAAUUCUGGAUACAGAUUCUAUCAAUGGUGCUCCAGAUUUGGCUACUUCUGGCGGUAUUAACAAUAUUGCGGCAAAUAACUUUAGAACUUGUAUUGAUGGAUUGUACUUGAAUUCUUUGGAAGAACUUAGUGACUGGUACAGUAACUACGAUCAGAUCAAUGAUAAUUUAUAUGAUAGCUUCAGAAUUCCCCGUCAAGAUUUGGCAUUUUAUAAAAGAUCGACACCAAAAUCUGCUGGUAUUAACUUAUCGGUAUGUCAUGAUUUUAAAGGCAAUUAUGUCGACAAUGAGGACCUAUCACCUCUCGGAUACUUUCCUCAUCCAAACGGUUUACAUUAUUUCCUACAAUUCCCCUCUCUAGUGAACCAUUUCAUUUAUUUCUCACACAAUAUGAUCAGUGUACCAACAGUGUCCUGGAUCAACAAUUGUCAUAAAUUUGGUAUUGACUGUAUGGGUACCAUUAUUAUUGAAGGCAAUACUGCCGACAAAUUCAGACAGCUUUCACAAUUAUGUUGCAAAAAUCAAAAUCAUGAAUACAUUUAUAUUAAAAUGCUUGUGAAGUUGUACGAGCAUUAUAAAUUUGAUGGGUACUUGAUAAACAUUGAAACAAGGUUCCUUAAUCGUUCUGAGUCCUUUGAAAUUAUCACGUUUGUGGAACAAUUGAGAGCAUCCAUUCAUAGCAUUUCACCCCGGUCAAAAGUCAUUUGGUAUGAUUCUUUUAUUCCUGAGCUCAACAAAAUUAAAUACGAAAAUGGUGUGUCUCCUUUGAAUUAUGAACUCUUUAAAUCUUCAGAUUACUUCUUGACAAAUUAUUGGUGGGAUGAGAGUAUCCUUAAAAAGAACGUGGCAAUUGCCGGACUUCAUGGAAUUAAUUCUUCAUUAUACGUCGGAAUUGAUAUGUUUGGAAGAGGCUCAAAAAUAGGUAAUGGGGGCUAUGACGUGCCAAUUGCUGUUAAUUUUUGCAAAGAAUAUGAUUCCAAUGUUUGUCUCUUUGCUCCUGCUUGGACUUAUGAAUUCUUGGGUAAAGACAACUUUUUGAAGAAUGAUGCAAAACUUUGGAAAUACGAUGGUAACAAUGACACAAUAGCGACUUAUAUUGAUGCAUACGGCGCUUGUUGUUUCUAUCCUUUUGCUAAUAAUCAUUCCAAAAAACAAUCAUUUUUGUUUUAUUCAAAUUUUUCCAAAGGUCAAGGGAAGUUCUUUGCCAUCAAUGGUAAGACGGUUUUCAAUAACUAUUGGGUGAAUAGCAACUUCCAAUAUGAGAUCCCUGAUAUUGUUUACAGUCAAGACACAAAGAGCCUCAGUAAAAAAUACCAAUUAAUUGAUAUCUCCAUUGAUGAUGAUGAAUCUUUUGUCGGCGGCUCGUGUUUGAAGAUUGUGAAGAAUAACAGCCAGCUAAUUUUAAGUGACAGUGAUAAACUCAGUGAUAUUGAUAGGGAGUUGAAGAGUAAACGGCUAUUCAAUUUUGGAAAUGAUUGUUCCAGUGAAAACAUCAGGAUUAGGAUGACCUAUAAGUAUAAUAUUGUCAACAAAGACUUCCAAUUUCUGAGUGUGACUGCGGUCAAUGAAUCUGAUAAGGAAAGCUUUAUUGAUAAUUUGAAGUCCAACAUUAGUGAAAUUGGCCAGAUUGAUGGAUAUUUCCAAUUGGAACUUAAAUACAGGAUUGAGAGAAGAUACAAGUCUAUUUAUAAUAUCAGAGAUGGUGUUUUGGAAGUCCCAUUGGAUAUUGGAAGACUGGAUAUCAAGAGCUCAUUUUAUGAAACUGAUUGGAAGACUAUCGAAAUGACUUUCCCAACUCCAAGGGGUGUCAAAUGGGAAUACUGCAUUUUGGACUCUGUUAACGUCAGCUGGGUUAGCAACCAACAAGUCGAUAGAAAAAACCAUAAUGGAUUUAAUGAAGCGGAUGAAAAAAUAUUUGCCAAUGUUUACAAGUUACAUGAUGGAAGUGAGUUGAGAAGGACUGGAUCGUCGUUUAUUAAUAAUACUAGAACCUGUUCCAGUAGCACUCCUUCUUCAAGCGAAUCUGCAUUAUUAACGUCUUCGGAAGAUUAUGAUAAUGAUGAUGAUGAAGAAUGGAUUAUUUUACCAGACAACUCUGUGCCAACCAGUCUAACAGAGCUUUAUAUUGGUGAAUUAUCAAUUCUUUCAAUUUUAGAUGAGGACAUCACAUCAAUGCCUUCUAUGCGUAACAAGAUCAAGAACUUGGAAAGUGUUAAACUGUUGAAUCCAAAUUUAAUCUACAUUAAAUGGGUCGAUUUCAUUUCUAAUAAUUUAACGAGAGCUGCUUAUUGGAAUAUUUUUAUUAAUGAUGAGUUUUUUGGGGUUUCCUUUUUCAAUUACUGGGCCAUCGAUUUGCAGAAGUUGGCUGAUUCUGGCAAUGGAAAUGGAGUUGGAAAAGUCAAGUCUUUGAAAGUUAGAGUUGACAGCGUUAGUGUUAUUGGCGAUAUUAUUCAAGGUGAUGAUAUUAUCAUAAAACUUUGA